UGAGGACUGCAUCGUUACAAACUCCUGCCUGCACUUUUCAGGGCUACUCCCCCUCCAGAAGCAGCUAAGGCGUGAAGUCUUCCUCUCCGCAGAGUGGAGACUUAACAGUCCGGGACAGAGACACAAGCGAGAAGGGGUCACAAGUAAAGUGCAUACCGCAAUGGGGACGAGCUGAAUCGCGGGAAAAAAAAAAAAAAAAAAAAAAAAGGAUAAGGAAAAGCUUCAUAUGCCGGAGUGGUGAACAAGACAGUUCAGGACACGACGGUCCACCGCAGUGAUUUCAGAUCAGCCUUCGGGAGUACCUGAGAAAUACCUGCAGUGUUUCGCUGUAUCGUUAGCCUCGACUUGGUGCAAACAGCAGUGACAUUGAAGGAUUUUUUUGGGGGGGGAGACGGAGAGGGGGGUAAUAAAGGAGAAAGUUUCUGAAGCUUGGUGCAGACACAGCGGUUGAACAAUGUGGUUGACCUCGACAAAGUCCCUUUCAUCAGCAGCCCUGCUAAUCCUGCUGGUGGUCCGCUGGUCCGACAGCAUUUCACUGUCUCCCCAAGAGGCGAACCAGUUUCUGAGCAGACACCGGAGAGCAAAUCAAGUUUUCGAGGAGACGAAGCAAGGGCACUUGGAGAGGGAGUGUGUUGAAGAAAAGUGCACCAAAGAGGAGGCCAGAGAAGUGUUCGAAAACGACCCAGAGACGGACUACUUCUAUCCCAAGUAUUUAGCCUGUGUGGAAAGGUUUGGAGAUGCUGAAAAGAAGAAGCAGGAUCUGAUUACAUGUGUCCACAAUAUUCCAGACCAGUGCUCUCCUUCUCCCUGUAAUCCCAGAGGUACGGUGCGCUGCGAGGACAAAAAGGGCGACUUCCUUUGUCAUUGUUUUACAGGCUGGACCGGAGCCAUUUGCGAGCAAGAUGUCGACGAGUGCAGCAAGAGAAACGGAGGGUGUGACCACGAGUGCAACAACACCAUGGGCAGUUACCGCUGCUCCUGUCGCCAAGGCUACAUGCUGGUGGGACGCCACAUGUGUCGUGACGUGGACGAGUGUGAGGAUCCCAUGGUGUGUGGAACAGCUCGCUGUGAAAAUAACGAGGGCAGCUAUGACUGUUUGUGCGAUGUCGGCUAUGCCUACGACAAUGAAACCAAGAGCUGUGUUGAUGUGGAUGAGUGUGAGACAGGUGUGUGUGCAGAGGAGUGUCUGAACACUCCAGGGAGUUUCCGCUGCUUCUGCGAUGGUCGUCAGGGCAUGAAGCUGGGCCAGGACCUCAGGAGCUGUAAGCCCAUGACUCCUUGUAUGUUGCCGUCUCUGAAAAAGAACACGCGUUCCCUCUACCUGGGUCGCAUGUUUAGUGGCGUUCCGGUGGUGAGGCUGCGUUUCCGCCGAAAGAUUCAAACUGGCUUUUCAGCUGAGUUUGACUUGCGCACCUACGACCCUGAGGGAGUGAUCUUCUUUGCCGGAGGUCACCUUAACAGCUCCUGGAUCGUUCUGGCAAUGCAUCAUGGGAAGCUGGAGCUACAGUUGAAGUACGGUUCAGUCAGCAGGGUCACCAGCAGCGGGCCUGUUGUCAAUGAUGGCCAGUGGAGAAAGAUCUCGGUGGAGGAGCAGGGGCGGAGUCUGGUGAUUAAGAUCGACAGAGAGGCCGUCAUGAAGAUAGCAGUAAACGGUGAUCUGUUUACACUAAAGAAAGGCAUGCAUGAGCUUAACCUCACCGUGGGAGGAGUCCCUUUUAGAGAAGACGGCCUCGUCAACCAGGUGAACCCACGUCUAGACGGCUGUAUGAAGGAGUGGAGGUGGUUGACUGGUGAAGAUACAUCCAUACAGGAAACUGUUCGGUCCAACGACAACAUGCAGUGUUUCAGCACCGAGGAUCCUGGAGCGUAUUACCCCGGCACAGGCUUCGCUCUCUUCAACAUCAGCUAUGAAUCACAGAACUUGAGCGUCCGGUUGAUCCUGCGUCCAACCUCUGCAAUGGGAGUGCUGUUUGCGCUUGUUUAUCAGGACAGAGUCCCUCUCUCCAUCACUCUGGCAGACUAUAAUCCCCUCACUGAAGAAUGGCGAGAUUUCAUCCUAGUAUCUGUGGAUGAUGUCAUCAUUGCCAGCUCUCCUGCGCCCCUGUGUGAUGGCGAUAGUCAUGAAAUCCAGGUGACUAUCUCAAGCAACCAAACCCUGCUGCUGGUCGACGGUCACCCUGGACGUAGUGAAGGCACUGAAGUACCUGUUGAACUCCUGUCACAGUCGAGCACCUUUAUAGGAGGCAUACCUGAUGUUCCUCUGGUGUCCACGCUGGUGUCGGCGCCCUACAGUGGCUGUAUGGAGGUCAGUGUUAAUGGACGGCCCCUGGACUUGGACCAGGCCAUCCACAAACACAAUGACAUCCGCUCACACUCCUGCCCCCUGCUGGACUCUCUCCAGUGACAGCAAUCAGUCUGCCAAAACUGAUCCAUUAGUAGUUCAUUGAGGCAAUGGGGAUCAUUUCCAACAUAUUUAUAAAAGCUUUGAACAGUGGGGUGAUGUUUUAGUUUGGAAUGAAAAAAUAAAGCUGGACCUGAUAUCAUGAUGCAGCUCAAGCCUUAGCCCAGGACCCUGUCUUUUAUCUGGGAUGAACCUGCUGCCUAAAGGCAUGAGCAGGGAAUUUUAUGGUGCUGUAAAUCAGCCGAUGGCCAACAACCUCUACUAGGUAGCAGAUAUGGGAAUAAAUGCUGCUCAACAUUGCCUCAAAAACUGCCCAUGUAUCACAGCCUUGUUAGCCCUUAAGAACACACAGGGCCUUAUCUUAAUCAGUGUCAAAUGGUUGGUCUUUAGUUGGCCUAUUAAACAUCCGGUAUCCUGUGCUUAAAUGUAGAUCAAAAUGGACUUGUGUUGGCAAAGCUGCGUUCACAUUGCUUACAUCCAGCAUCACCAACAUUAAGGUCCAUGCUCAAAAAGCUUGAAGUAAGCAAAUGCUUGUUUGACAUUUGGCAAUAAAAUGACAGACAGUAGUCCAACAUGAGCUAUCGUACACACAGAAAUUGUUGGAAUCGGCGACUUAGAGGUUGAUCGGGGGCUUAAGCAAUAUUAUCUUCCCCUAACACGUUGAAUCCCCUGUUGUCCCCCUGCAGGGAGGCGUGGUAUCAGGCAUUACUUUGUGUUCUGUAAAAAAAAGAUAAAGAAAAACCUUGCACAUUGUUGCAGGCAGAAAUGGACUUCAUGAAGCCAUUUUGACUUGACUAAAGCAGCACUCCAUGUCUGCCUGCAGCCUUAAAAAUCAACCAUGUGCCUCCAAAGAACAACAAACCCAAACUUAUAACAGCUUCCCUUCAAACAGGUGAAUCAUUUCACAAUGGUGCAGUACUGUAACAAACAGAGGUAAACGCUGUACUCGCUGCAGAAAGUACACUAUGCAUUCAUCGGUGGAGUCUUGUAAACAUCUGACUGACACCCUGAUUCUGAAUAAUCUUCAAUCAAUAUUCUCGUCACAAAGGCCCCCUUCUUCCCCCAGAAUCACCCACUCACAGUAAAAACAAAAAACCUGCCAUAAACCGAUUUUAAGGAAAAUCAAUAAGUCACAGAAGCACAGGGACACGGGGAGGGGGCCCUCUCCAAGAAGGAGAGACAGUGAGCACUGCAUCGAAACGCACCACACAAGCUACUGAAAGUAAAAAAAAAAAAAGAGUGCGCUGUAAUAUACUGAAUCUGUAAAUAACGUGACUGUACAAUGCUUUAUAGAAGACAUGAAACGAACACUACCUUUAUGCUCAUCAAGGUUUUUUUCUGCAUAUUUCAGUUUACCCAAAGUCAAACGGUAACAUGAGUCUCUACUUCAUCUGCUUACUCUAGAAAAGAUCAAAAACAAAGAUCGUUUCAUGGAAAUGGAAAUUAGGAGACUGUGCGAUACCAUUCCUGGGUAUCAAAGUAUCAUGGAGUUUUAAUGACGUUUUUAAUUGACUAUUUGAUUUUAUAGGUGCUAGCAAAUCAAAACACAAUAAAAAAAAAAAAACAAAGAAUGUCAGAGGAGCGUUGUGAUUGAAUGCCAAAGGGCUCCGGUGUUUCUUUCCUUUUCCUCCGUAAUGUAUCAUUUCUAGUUUUACUGAUGAAUGAAUGCCAGAUUAUAAGAGCUUGACGAGUUAAUGUUUGUUUUUAUCUUGUGUUGUGUAUAUUGAACUUUUAGUUUUUAUUUUUCACUUUUACUGCCAGUGUGUGUACAAUGCUGAGAGAAGUCUGCCUUUCAGUUUCAACUUCUCCCAACAGUGAAAAAUCCUAUUUAAAAAUAAAAGCAGUUGUAUGAACAUCAUAGGGUCAAAUUGUAUUUUCAAAAGGAAUGCUUUUGUAUGCUGUGUGCUUAUGUUCAAGAUAAACUUUUUAUGUGUUGCUCAA